AAACCCCCCAAUUCCCCAAAUCAAAUGUUUCUUCCAUCAUCCAAUUCCAUCUCGCCGGUAAUCCAUUAUUUCCGGCGACCGGUAAACCAGUAAUUUAUCAUUUUAUCAAUAAACAAUCAAUCUACCAGUUGCUUCAAUGGAAGCUAGUGACGUAACUUCACCGGCGUUAACAUCUCCGUCGAUAAAACCGAUCAACAAGAACGCUAUUCACAGAAUCUGCUCCGGUCAAGUGAUUCUGGACCUACCAUCCGCCGUUAAGGAGCUGGUGGAGAACAGCCUGGACGCAGGAGCCACCAGCAUCGAGGUUUCGUUGAAAGAAUACGGUGAAGAAUCGUUUCAGGUUGUUGAUAACGGUUGCGGCAUUUCACCGAACAACUUCAAGGUUCUAGCACUUAAGCAUCAUACGUCGAAACUGUCCGAUUUUCCUGACCUUCAAUCAUUGACGACUUUCGGGUUUAGAGGGGAGGCUCUUAGUGCUCUGUGUAACUUAGGGGAGUUGACAGUGGAAACGAGAACACAAAAUGAGAAGGUUGCGACACACUUGAGUUUUGACCGGUUUGGUUUGGUUACCGAUGAGAGAACAACUGCUCGGCAGGUUGGAACGACUGUUACCGUGAAAAAAUUGUUCUCCAACUUGCCUGUGAGAUGUAAGGAGUUUCAUCGUAACAUUAGAAAGGAGUACGGGAAAUUAAUUUCGUUACUAAAUGCGUACGCUCUUACUGCAAAAGGGGUUCGUUUGGUGUGCAAAAAUACAACCGGAAAAAACAAAAGUACAGUAGUACUUAAAACACAGGGAAGCGGUUCACUCAAAGAUAACAUCAUUACAGUGUUUGGAACAAACACUUUCACCUGCUUAGAGCCCGUGAGUCUAUUUAUAUCAGAAACAUGCCAAGUGGAUGGCUUUCUUUCUAAAUCUGGCAAUGGUAGUGGACGAAGUUUAGGCGAUCGACAAUUUUUUUUCGUUAACGGCCGACCUGUUGACAUGCCAAAAGUCAGCAAGCUUGUGAAUGAAUUGUAUAGAUCCGCAAACUCAAAGCAAUAUCCGGUUGCAAUCAUGAAUUUUGUUGUUCCGACUAGGGUUUGUGAUGUCAAUGUAACCCCAGAUAAACGAAAAGUAUUUUUUACCGAUGAAGGGUCGAUUUUAAGUUCGUUAAAAGAAGCUUUGUUGAAGAUAUAUUCCCCAAAUCUUGCUAGCUUUUCAGUACAGAAAGCUGAUAGUGAUUUUAAAAAAGAAACUAGCAGUGUUGUGAUUGAAGAUAACGAGACCGCUGGAUCGCCACCUGUUGUUAAUCUGAUUGACGUUGAUGAUUAUAGUUUGUCGAAGAGAGAUUUUACACUAAAAUUUCAUGGUGUGAAGAAAACCGAUAACGUUACUAGGGGUUAUAGUAAGAAUCAUACAGUUGUAACGAGCAACACUACUUAUAAUCGGCAGUCAUCAUCAUUAUCAUCAUCGUACAACCCAACGACGCAUAAAAGUGUUGAUGAAGGAACGGAUUCACCUCGAUCUGUGAGUCGCGUUCAGUCACUGCUUACAUCAUUUGUUGCUGUAAACAAAAGAAAGCAUGAAAGCAUCGGUAAUACUUUAUCUGAGGUCCCCGUUCUUAGAAACGGGCCCACCAUUCGUCAAUCAGUUGAUCAAAGAAAUAGUUCAAGUUCUGCAUUUGCAAAAUCUUUAGUGAAAUGCCAUGUGGUUGAUGACUCUGAUGAAGUUGACCAGAACGAGUCAAAGUUAAAGCCUUUCAAUCGUACUCUAGUGGAUGAACACAAUGAUGAAGUUGACCAGAACGAGUCAAAGUUAAAGCCUUUCAAUCGUACUCUAGUGGAUGAACACAAUGAUGAUUUAGAAGCCUCACCUGUUAACGUUGUUAAAACUUCUGAACAAGUUGAAAAGGACAUAAUAAGAAUUGAGACGCCUAAAUCUAUUUCAAAAUCAGCGUUAGACGCUUCAUCUCCCGAAAAAAUUAAUGAUGAUAUGUCAACUCCGUUAACUGCUUCUGAACCACCUUUAGAUUCACCGAUGUCUUCUUCUCGUUCGAAGAUGUGUUAUGAGAUGCAGUUCAGUUUUGAGGAAUUAAAGAAAAAGAGGCAGCAAAAAUUAGCAGCAUUUCAAGCAAGCAAAAAUACACUCGGAGUAUCAAAGACUAACGGAUGCUAUGCUGACGCUUCAUUAGAACUUUCUCAAGUGGUAGAAGAGGAUGCUAAAGCUCAAGCUUUAUCUGCAGCAGUGAGUGAAUUAGAAAAGUUAUUCAAGAAGGAAGAUUUUGGCCGCAUGAAGGUUAUUGGGCAGUUCAAUCUUGGAUUUAUCAUUGGCAAGUUAGAGCAAGACCUCUUUAUUGUAGAUCAGCAUGCUGCGGAUGAGAAAUACAAUUACGAGCGUUUGUCACAGUCCACCAUCUUAAACCAACAACCUUUACUAAAGCCAAUUCCGGUAGAGUUAUCUCCUGAAGAAGAAAUAAUCGCAUCAAUACACAUGGAUACUAUCAGGAAAAAUGGGUUUUCGUUAGAAGAAGACGCAGAUGCUCCUCCUGGGAACCGCUAUAAAUUAAAAGCCGUCCCUUUUAGUAAAAACAUAACUUUUGGUGCUGCAGAUGUGAAGGAGCUUAUAUCUAUUUUGGCUGAUAGUGAAGGCGAAUGUUCAAUUAUGGGUACUUAUAAGAUGGACACUACGGAUUCGGUGUGUCCUCCAAGAGUACGUGCAAUGUUGGCAUCACGUGCCUGUAAAUCGUCUGUUAGGAUUGGAGAUCCACUUGGAAGAAACGAGAUGCAAAAGAUAGUUGAACAUUUGAGGGGCUUAAGAUCACCAUGGAAUUGUCCACAUGGCCGACCGACAAUGCGACACUUGGUGGAUUUAAGGACCCUGCGUAAAAGGUCAGACGAAGACGAUAUAGUAUUAUAGUGUUAUCAGCUAUUAUGGUUGAGAUUUUAUUUUUGUAAGAUGUAUAUAGUUCAGGAAGGUUGGUUCUGUGAUCUUCUGGUGUUCUAUCUUUUGCUUUUUGUCUCACCAACUGGGAUGUAGGUUUUAGUUUACAUCAGGAGUAUUAUUUGAAGCCUAAAUUUUGUAGUUCUGUUUAAUUACUACUAGUAGGGUGCCCGCGCGAUGCGGCGGGGACGACACUUUGGAUUG